AUGGUCCAAGUCACGAAUAAUCCGGGAUUCGUCAGCUGGGUGGAACAAAUUCCCCAAAACUACUUGGUGAUAGUGUGCUCUAUAUUGCUAUCCUUCGUCUGGUUAGGAUCCAUCAGCUUCAUGGCUAGUCGCGUCCAGAGGGCUGUCAACAUACUCCAGCGCCAGUUGGAUGAACUUUGGCUUCUCCAGGCAAGACCCACGGUUUGGCCCCACGCCCCUUUUAUCCCGAAUCCAAAUGGGGACAAUCCUCCGGAAUAUAUUGCUCCUGUGGAUCCUGAGGAACGCGAGAUCUUGGAACGCGAGGAGAGGGACCGGAUUCAGAAGGCAAAGGCUUAUUUGGAAGCCAACAAAAAUAAGAAAUAA